AUGGUCCCAACGCUACUUCCUGUCCCAUUUCCCAAAAUGGCAGCGCCCCUGGGCCUGAGGCUGGCGCCUCGCCUGGCCGCAGCCCCCCGGCACAUUCACUGCGGAGCCGCCCGCCCGGCCGUGGGGCAAUGGAGAGUCCAGCAGGGACUUGCCCCCAGCUCGGCUGGCUACGGGCCCCUCCGGGAUCUGCCUGACUGGUCCUUUGUAGACGGGCGCCCCGCCCCCCCGUGGAAGGGCCAGACGCGUCGGCGACAGGAAGACGAGGCCUUUGCACGGCGCGUGGCCAUGCUGGCCCAGGAGAUGGAGCGAGGCCUGCAGUGCUGGCAGGUCCAGCAGCGCCAACAGCAGGAGGCCAAGGAGAGCAAGAGACAGACCCAGCUGCAGCCCAAGGGGGCCGCCCUGCGUCGGGGCAGCAGCCCCCAAUAA